AUGUUCUCUGGAGAUCCGAAGGGCCCCCUUGAAGAGAUCAACGAGCACGCACGAAGAGAAGCGGUCAUCGCGAGGCGCACCGGAGGCCAACAACAGGCGGUGAUGAUCUCAAAAGCCGCCGCCCACAACUGCGAGGCCUCUUCGAUGUGGUGCUUGAAGUGGAACCUUGGAACAAAGAACGCCAUGCGAAGAUGUCGUUGGCCUGGCGGGACUGUGGACAGCGUCCCUGGGCCUCCUAAGAAAAAUUCGCGCGCCGACGCGGCAACGCAGCUUCGCAUCCUCCGACUGGUGCGCCAGCUGAACGACCCAGGUGCAAGGCUCACCUGGAAGCAGUUUAUAGAGGUCAAGGAGUGGAGAAGGUUGCAGCCAAGCUUGCGGCCGUUCCGCGUACAGGCCGGGACAUCAGCGGGUCGAGAAAGAGGGCGUCAACGCCUAACGCUUCAGUGGGAGCGGGGCACCACCGCCACACCGACGACCCGCGUACGCGUGCGGACUUGA